AUGGAGAUCGUCAAAACCGAUAACGAGACCCUCAAGAAGCAAGUGGAAGGGAUCGCGGCGAAGAACAUGGAGGAAGAGUUCAAGCAAAUGAAUGGCAUCCCGAAUCCUGCGAACUUCACGCUGAACGGAAGCAUGCCAAAUGCCUCCCAGGGUGUUGGUGAGCUCGGGAAGAGCUUCGAGUUCAUGAUGCUGAAGCUGGCCCAGCUUGAGACGCUGUGCGAGUUGCAGCAGGCUGAGAUCGAGACAUUGAGGAAGACGGUGAAAGGUCUUGCCGAACAUGUGGAUCACCCGGACAGCGUGGCGUCUCUGGUGCAGAAAGACGAGAAAUCCAGAAUGCAAGAGACCCAGCAAACCCUGAAGAGGGUGCUCGCCAAGCACGCUCAGCAGCACAAGAACAAGGACUUCCAGCCAGAGGCUUCUCGCCAAAACUACCGCCCCCCCGACACCAAGCCAGAUUCCCAAAAACGCGCCUCCGGAGCCGGGGCGAAUGACCGAGCCGAGCUGCUGGCAGGAGGAGCCCAGCAGUCGGGGAGCAAAGGCUCGCAGAGGUGGGGUUCGUUCGGUGGCUGGGUCGAGGACCGCGUUGAGACCAAGCACGAGGAUGUCAAAAGCGUCGCUGAGAGCACAGCGGAUGCUUACGAGGCAGCCGCAGACAAGGUGGCCUUCGUUGCCAAUACGGUGAUUGACACCGUGGAGAUGGCUGUGAAUAUCCUUCUGAAAGGCUUCACCGAUUGGUCCGCCGACUGCGACAUCAGCGGACCCAGCGUUAGGGAUUACGUCGACGAAUGUGUGAUUACGGGCUGGAGAGACAUAACGACUACAUUUUGGGGUCAAACUAUCGUACUCGGAACGAAACCCAUCGUCGAGUGUAAAAAAAAGAGUGUCCUGAUGGCGCUUGACUGGGGUCGGCAGAAGUGUUGGAUCCGCCUGAUGGGCCAACAGAUUACGCUUUUCGACUUCAACUUUGGGUCCAUCGAAAUGACGUGGCCGGCUCCAACUAAAACAGCCAUCGACAUCGGCACAGGACUGAGCGACUGUCACGGAGGCAACAUCUUCAAGUGCCUGGGCGACAAGAUCGUGCCGGUCGUCACGUGGCCCCAGCCAAUUCAAAAGAUGAUAAACUUCGGCAACGCUAUCGGCAAUUGCCAUGGUGGUGACGUCUUCAAGUGCUUUGGCAACAAGAUCGUGCAGGUCGUCACGUGGCCCCAGCCCAUUCAAAAGAUGAUCGGUUUCGGCAACGCCAUCGGGAAUUGCCAUGGUGGAAACGUCUUCCUGUGCUUUGGCAACAAGAUCGUGGAGAACGUGCCGAUGCUGAACACCAUGGUGUCGAGCUGCAGCGGUAGAAACCUUUUCGAGUGCUUCGGCACCAAAAUUGUGGAGAAAGUGCCACCGCUUAAUGCCAUGGUCUCCAUGGGCCGCGAUCUUGCGAGUUGCUUCAGUGGCACAGAACCGGUCGAGCUGUUCAAGUGCCUGGGCACUAGGAUCGCCGAGAAUGUGCCCCCGUUGAAUCGCGUGGUCACCCUCGGCAGGGACCUGGUGAACUGUGCUGACGGCGCAGAGCCACUCGACCUCAUCAAGUGCUUCGGCAUGCGGCUCCUCCAGGAAGUCCCCCCACUGAGCUUCCUGACGAAGCUGGGCGAGCUCUUAAAGGAGUUCCUGGGGCACUUCACCAAGUAUGCCACUUCGGUCGUGAAGACUGCCAUGGACAAGGGCCUCGGCUUCGUGCAGACGGCCGCUACGUCUGCCUUCCCGGAGGUGGGGUCGCCGCCUGCGGUGCACCACGCCGACAAGAACCUCGUCAUCAAGACGCAUUCACAGUCGGGGUACCAGAGCUUCGCCCAGGUGCCGAAGCGGACGUCGGCGCUGCAGACGGGCGCCAAUGCAUCGCGGGCAGGCGGCGAUGACGACAGUGAUGCUGCGAUCACUUUCAAGGUCGGACCCUACGGGCCCGAGACCACGGGGCUGAUCACACAGUUCGAGGGCAAGGAGACGGACACCGGCUCCUGCCUGGCCUUCGCGCCACGGACCAAGACCGGCACCGGCAACCAGGCGACGAAAGCAGACUGGGUGGUGGACAGCAACGACAAGUUCCUGCAGCUGGAGCCAUGGGCUGUUCCUUGUGACAACACGUGGAAGCAGCGGAACUGGGACAAGUGGCAAGGUUACACCUUCUACACAGCAAGCUCGAACAUCGAGAAGUGCGUCACCGUCACCUUCGCCGUGGGCUUGCAGCCCGUCGCGGCUUUCGUGGGCGGCAUACAGUUUGAUGUGCUUCCAACGCCCUUUUUCGAGUUCGACACCCAAAUUUGCUGGCCGAAGCAUCACCCAGGCGGGGUUGACAUCAGUGCCCUCCGCUUUGAAAUGCGCACCAUGGGCAUCCUGCUUUUCGGCCGCACCUUGCGCUUGACGAAGCGCUUCGGCGACGGCACGGACUUUAAGGGCAGCAACCUCGAUCGGGGGAUCGAAACCUUCCGAAGCCAGCUUGGGCUGGAGUGGGGAUCGGACUUUGAGAGUUCUUCGGGCAUGAACAAGAUGAGCCGCGCCCCGAAGCUCUUGCAGACGAACGAGACCACCAGCCAGGACGAGAAGGCCGAAGAGGAGGGUGCGAUGCAGUGGGUCGACGCAGAGGACCGGGGCGGGGCCCUGUCGCCUCAAUCAGACACAGGAGCUUUAUUUGGCAUCUGCAGAGCCUCCCGGACUGCAAGGUACGGACCAGAACUCUUCGUCAACAAGACGUCCGAAUUGCGCGGCCCGGCCGCGCACCGCCGCCUAAGCGCCCUGCAGCAAUCCAAGGAGCCCGAGCAGACAGGGUUUGUGGGGCUUGUGCUCCGGGUCUUCCCCCGGAGCCUUUGGUCUGGUGUUUUAGGGCGCGUCGCUGUAAACCGUUGA